CUUGCUGCGGCCGCUCCCACCCGCGAUCGCAGCCUGCAAACUCCCCGCCAGCUGGGCAGCGCCGCGUGCAAGGGCUGCGGGAGCGACUCCGAACUUGCAGGGGACCGCGGCUCUCCGGGCCUGGAGAGUGCGAACAGAUUUCAGAUUUACAAUGAUAUGGUAAAUCCAAAGGCUGGAACCAAAGAUUUUCUCAGCUCUUUAGUUUGAACAACAGUGAAUUUUCUACCCAACACUCAGAAUGGCUAAAAGUGCAGAGGUCAAACUGGCGAUAUUUGGGAGAGCAGGUGUGGGCAAGUCAGCUCUUGUAGUGAGAUUUCUGACCAGACGGUUCAUCUGGGAAUAUGACCCCACCCUUGAAUCAACCUACCGACACCAAGCAACUAUUGAUGAUGAAGUUGUUACCAUGGAGAUACUAGACACAGCUGGCCAGGAAGACACCAUACAGAGAGAAGGACACAUACGAUGGGGGGAAGGUUUUGUGCUGGUCUAUGACAUUACUGACCGAGGAAGUUUUGAGGAAGUUCUGCCACUUAAGAACAUCCUAGAUGAGAUCAAAAAGCCCAAGAAUGUGACUCUCAUCUUGGUUGGAAACAAAGCUGACUUGGACCACUCCAGACAGGUUAGUACAGAAGAAGGGGAGAAGCUGGCCACAGAGUUGGCGUGUGCUUUUUACGAGUGUUCUGCCUGCACUGGAGAAGGGAACAUCACGGAGAUAUUCUAUGAGCUGUGCCGGGAGGUGCGUCGCAGAAGGAUGGUCCAGGGCAAGACGAGGCGACGCAGCUCCACCACACAUGUCAAGCAAGCCAUUAACAAGAUGCUCACCAAAAUCAGUAGUUAGGCAGCUCUGUGCUGGGGGAGGCCCUGCUAAGACAGGUCAGGUCAUUGGAAACACUCUCUGGUCCUCCCAUUUUUUUCUCCUCCCCCCACACCCCGCCAAAAACCCACUCCUUGUCCUCUGGGAAGUAUCUCUGCUUCCCAUUAUCUCCGCCUCCCACAUGUUAAAAAGAUAUAGAGUGUUUUAUGCAAUGUCAAUGCUGCCAAUUUCUCCCUUUGCUGCUUGAAUAUACUUUAAUGCAGUUUAAAGUUGUAAUUGCCAGAGAUUCUGAAAUGGCUGGGUUCAUAUUAAGCUAUUAUUAGGCAUCUUCACCUUGCUUUGAUAGAGUAAAGUCUUUUCAAAGGCAUUUUUAAAUUUCAUUCCUUGUCAAACUACAAAUGAUCAUCUUCAAAGUCUAAGAUAAUAGAAAAUAAAAUAAAACACAGGAGGGUUGCUGAAAUAUUAGAGCAGGGAAUAAAGCUUUCUAAGGCUCCUAUUUGAAGCAAGGAUUUUCUGAAUUAUCUUAAAUCAUCGAGUUUUUCUUUAACCUUUAUUUUGUUCUUAAAUUCAAACGUGUUCUCACAAGGUUUCCUAUGGUAAUAGAGCAUCCCAUUUCAAUUUGCAUUGGUUCUCUCGAUGAUGUAUUGAUCUUUACACUGUCAUUCUUCUUCUUAGGCUCAAAUAAGAUUUAAUUAUAAUAGAUAUAGCAGAGCCCAUUAAUCCAGAUCCCGAUAGGAAUUUCUUAGCAAGCCUGGGGUGAUGUGAAGACAUUAGAAAUGCUUUCACUGAACCCUAUUUUACUGAAUGCUAAUAGGAGAUUUGGAAUCAGAAAUACCAAAGUCAUUUCUCUCUCUGCUUAACAACCUAGAAGACAGACAACAUUCCACAAAACAAGAAAACAAAGAACAAAGCUUAAUGACUCUUUCACGGGGGAACCAAGGCUUUGUUAUGUGCCAAGCAUGGUAAGACAAACUUAGCCUUUAACUCAUUAAGUUGACCACAGGUCCUUUUUUAAUGUUCUGGAUAGAUUAAUUCACUUCCUUGAAUUCAGAAAAGAAUGGGUGAUUUAACUUCACUGUACCUGAAUAAAUAUGUAUGAAACAGAUUCUUAUAUUGUUAAAGUACAGUCUAAUUAAUAAAACCCUGUGAUUCUUUUUUUCCCCUAUUUUGCUCCCUGUAUAUCAAGAUUUAGGCACUUUAUUUUAGAAGAAAAUAUAUAUCUUUUACAUAUGUGUGUAUUUAUAAAUGAUAGAUAUAUGUAUAAAAAUUUGUAUGAGUUGGAUGCUUUAAUUCACCAAUGCAUUUAAACAACUUGGUGUAACUAU